UCGCUGCGCGCGCACGCGCCAUGUUGUUCCUGCGCGCCGCCGCGCUCCCGGGUUUCUGGCUCCGGUGUGUGCGCAGCGUACAACAAGCUCUGAGUCCCGCGGGGACCCUGCCAUGUCCCGUCCGCACUGUCCACGCUGGGAGCUGGGUCUCGGGGAGCGCGUGGGAGGGAGGCGGUCCCGUGCGUGGUAGGGGCGGGGAGAACCCGCGUGAGGAAGAAGAGGAAGAGGAGGAUGAGCUGCUCCGCGCCCCGCCCCUCCUGCCCUUGGUUGCACAGCGCGUGUGCGUCCUGCAUCCUGACGUCAGACGCCAGGCCGGAAAAAAACCUCGAAGCACAGCAGAGUGGCAGGUGGCAGAGGCGGCCGCGCUGGUGCGUGCACUUCCAGGAUGGUCGGUUGCGCGUACCCUGGUGGUGCCCAGCGCAGCGCCUGGCAGCAGGCUGGUGUUCGGCAAGGGCAACUUUCAGGACGUGACAGAAAAGAUCAAGGGAUACCAGGACAUCUCAUCUGUGUUCCUGAACGUGGAGAGGAUGGCGCCACUGACCCAGAAGGAGCUGGAGACCGCGUGGGGCUUGCGUGUGUUCGACAGAUUCACCCUAGUCCUGCACAUCUUCCGCUGUAACGCACGCACGAGGGAGGCCCGGAUGCAGCUGGCGCUGGCAGAGAUCCCGCUCCUUAGGUCCUCUGUGAGCGGCGACUCUGGGCAGCAGGACCAGCAAGGCUGGGGUUCCCGGUACAUCAUGGGGUCAGGAGAGUCACCCACAGAGCUGAGGGCCCGCGCACUCAGGGACCGGGAGCUGCGGCUCCGGCGUGUCCUCGAGCGUCUGCGGGAUAAGCGGAGGUUGAUGCGGAAGGAGCGGGUGCGGCGCGAGUUCCCUGUGGUGUCAGUGGUGGGAUACACCAACUGUGGGAAGACCACACUCAUCCAGGCUCUGACGGGUGAGGCUGCUUUGCAGCCGCGGGACCAGCCAUUCGCAACUCUUGAUGUCACUGUACACGCGGGGUUGCUGCCCUCGCACCUGCGCAUCUUAUAUGUGGACACCAUUGGCUUCCUGUCCCAGCUGCCACAUAGCCUGAUCCAUGCGUUCUCUGCCACUCUGGAGGACGUGGCUUACUCGGACGUCCUGGUGCAUGUGACUGAUGUGAGCCACCCUGACGCUGAGCUGCAGAAGGCCACAGUUCUGUCCACACUGCGGGGCCUGCAUCUGCCCCCUGCACUGUUGGAGUCAGCGUUGGAGGUUCACAACAAGGUGGACCUGGUGCCGGGGUACACUCCACCAUGCUCUGGAGCCCUGGCCGUGUCUGCAAUCUCAGGGCGUGGGCUAGAUGAGCUGAAGGCCGCAUUGGAGACAUCAGUGCUACGUGCUACAGGCAGGCAGGUCCUCACGCUACGUGUGCGCCUUGGGGGACCCCAACUUGGCUGGCUCUAUAAGGAGGCGGUAGUGCAGCAGGUUCAGGAGCUGCCGGAGGGUGGUGCGGCCCACGUGACUGUCGUCAUCACCCAGGCUGCGUAUGGCCGGUUCAGGAAGCUGUUCCCCAUUGACGCCUCUUCUGUCCUCCCACACUGACUGACAGUAACUUAUUAAAGCAGGAUAUGUCCUGUGUCCCCCUCACCAGUCUGGCUUUGUAUAGGUGACUGGGAAGAGUCCCUGUCACGAGGGAAAAGGUGCUUGUGCUCAGUGGCUGGGGUGGGAGCUUUCUUGGGAGUAGAGACUGUUUCCAAGCCCUGUUUUAGCCUGGGCUGCCAGAGACCACAAAAACAUCCGCACAUGUGCAUUACUUCAAAAUCCGUUAAUCAAUGGAGGCCUGAGCACCUGGUGAUGGGAACAGAAGUGACACAUACGUGGCCACCGUGUGUUCUGCAACACAGCAGCAUGAGAGCAGAACAUUCUGGGUCCCUGGUCUGCUGGGUCUGCAGGUCUCUGGGCUGCGUGAAGUGCUCAGAAGUGGUGAUACCCGUCUUGGGUGUGUGGCAGUUAGGGAGACAGCAGUUUGCGAUUCAGACCGAUAACCUCACUCACGAAGCCAUCUGCAUCCACGAAGUCGCCUGCGAUGAUGUUGGUGCAGUGAGGGCUCUGCCCCGGCUGUUGUGCACGUACCCACUCAGCCAUGAGGGGGAGGCUGCGGCGUGUCAUCUCCUGCAGGGAGUCCACUGGGUGCAAGAGGAUGUAACACAGGUUCUCAGUGAUGUUGAUGCCAGCAACGAACAGACCAUCUGUGGGGGGUGAUGCCAUGUUAUGUGACCAAUGGGGUGAUGUCACGGGGAAGUCCACACCACACAGCCACAUAACC